GGACCGAACCGAUCCGGAUUAAGGGGCCGGAGGCGGGUCCUGGGCACCAGCGGUUCCGACCCCCCCCCGCCCUCCGCGCCGCACCCGAGUGGCCCCCAGCCGAGCGGGCCCCCACCUCCUGGCCCUGCCUGGGCCCUCCUGCGCCUCCCUUGGCCUUUGUCCGGCGCCAGGAGGCCGGUCCCGCGCCCCCCGCGGCCGCCCGGGCCCGGGCCCGCGUCAGGCGCCUGGCUCUGUACGCGAGCCUGGGGAUCUGCGGCCUUCGUGCCCCCCUUCCCCCGCCCGCCCUCUCGUGGAGCCCGGCGCCGGCGGCGGCUGCCCGGGCGGGGGGUUGCGGCGCUCAGGAGAGGCCCCGGCUCCGCCCCGGGCCUGCCCAGGGGGAGAGCGGAGCGGCCCGCAGCCGGGUCGGGUCGGGGCCCCUCCCGGGAGGAGCGUGGAGCGGCGGCGGCGGCGGCGGCGGCAGUAGAAAUGAUGGAAGAAUUGCAUAGCCUGGACCCACGACGGCAGGAAUUACUGGAGGCCAGGUUUACUGGAGUAGGUGUUAGUAAGGGACCACUUAAUAGUGAGUCUUCCAACCAGAGCUUGUGCAGCGUCGGAUCCUUGAGUGAUAAAGAAGUUGAGACUCCCGAGAAAAAGCAGAAUGACCAGCGAAAUCGGAAAAGAAAAGCUGAACCAUAUGAAACUAGCCAAGGGAAAGGCACUCCUAGGGGACAUAAAAUUAGUGAUUACUUUGAGUUUGCUGGGGGAAGCGGGCCAGGAACCAGCCCUGGCAGAAGUGUUCCACCAGUUGCACGAUCCUCACCGCAACAUUCCUUAUCCAAUCCCUUACCGCGACGAGUAGAACAGCCCCUCUAUGGUUUAGAUGGCAGUGCUGCAAAGGAGGCAACGGAGGAGCAGUCUGCUCUGCCAACCCUCAUGUCAGUGAUGCUAGCAAAACCUCGUCUUGACACAGAGCAGCUGGCACAAAGGGGAGCUGGCCUCUGCUUCACUUUUGUUUCAGCUCAGCAAAACAGUCCCUCAUCUACGGGAUCUGGCAACACAGAGCAUUCCUGCAGCUCCCAAAAACAGAUCUCCAUCCAGCACAGACAGACCCAGUCGGACCUCACAAUAGAAAAAAUAUCUGCACUAGAAAACAGUAAGAAUUCUGACUUAGAGAAGAAGGAGGGAAGAAUAGAUGAUUUAUUAAGAGCCAACUGUGAUUUGAGACGGCAGAUUGAUGAACAGCAAAAGAUGCUAGAGAAAUACAAGGAACGAUUAAAUAGAUGUGUGACAAUGAGCAAGAAACUCCUUAUAGAAAAGUCAAAACAAGAGAAGAUGGCAUGUAGAGAUAAGAGCAUGCAAGACCGCUUGAGACUGGGCCACUUUACUACUGUCCGACACGGAGCCUCAUUUACUGAACAGUGGACAGAUGGUUAUGCUUUUCAGAAUCUUAUCAAGCAACAGGAAAGGAUAAAUUCACAGAGGGAAGAGAUAGAAAGACAACGGAAAAUGUUAGCAAAGCGGAAACCUCCUGCCAUGGGUCAGGCCCCUCCUGCAACCAAUGAGCAGAAACAGCGGAAAAGCAAGACCAAUGGAGCUGAAAAUGAAACGCCUUCUUCUGGGAAUACAGAGCUAAAGGAUACAGCCCCAGCCUUAGGAGCCCACAGUUUACUUAGGUUAACGUUAGCAGAAUACCAUGAACAAGAAGAAAUCUUCAAACUCAGAUUAGGUCAUCUUAAAAAGGAGGAAGCAGAGAUCCAGGCAGAGCUGGAGAGGCUAGAAAGAGUUAGAAAUCUACAUAUCAGGGAACUAAAAAGGAUACAUAAUGAAGAUAAUUCACAAUUUAAAGAUCAUCCAACGCUAAAUGACAGAUAUUUGUUGUUACAUCUUUUGGGUAGAGGAGGUUUCAGUGAAGUUUACAAGGCAUUUGAUUUAACAGAGCAAAGAUAUGUAGCUGUGAAAAUUCACCAGUUAAAUAAAAACUGGAGAGAUGAGAAAAAGGAGAAUUACCACAAGCAUGCAUGUAGGGAAUACCGGAUUCAUAAAGAACUGGAUCAUCCCAGAAUAGUUAAGCUGUAUGAUUACUUUUCACUGGAUACUGACUCGUUUUGUACAGUAUUAGAAUACUGUGAGGGAAAUGAUCUGGACUUCUACCUGAAACAGCACAAAUUAAUGUCGGAGAAAGAGGCCCGGUCCAUUAUCAUGCAGAUUGUGAAUGCUUUAAAGUACUUAAAUGAAAUAAAACCUCCCAUCAUACACUAUGACCUCAAACCAGGUAAUAUUCUUUUAGUAAAUGGUACAGCGUGUGGAGAGAUAAAAAUUACAGAUUUUGGUCUUUCGAAGAUCAUGGAUGAUGAUAGCUACAAUUCAGUGGAUGGCAUGGAGCUAACAUCACAAGGUGCUGGUACUUAUUGGUAUUUACCACCAGAGUGUUUUGUGGUUGGGAAAGAACCACCAAAGAUCUCAAAUAAAGUUGAUGUGUGGUCGGUGGGUGUGAUCUUCUAUCAGUGUCUUUAUGGAAGGAAGCCUUUUGGCCAUAACCAGUCUCAGCAAGACAUCCUACAAGAGAAUACGAUUCUUAAAGCUACUGAAGUACAGUUCCCGCCAAAGCCAGUAGUAACACCUGAAGCAAAGGCGUUUAUUCGACGAUGCUUGGCCUACCGAAAGGAGGACCGCAUUGAUGUCCAGCAGCUGGCCUGUGAUCCCUACUUGUUGCCUCACAUCCGAAAGUCAGUCUCUACGAGUAGCCCUGCUGGAGCUGCUAUUGCAUCAACCUCUGGGGCAUCCAAUAACAGUUCUUCUAAUUGAGACCAACUCCAAGGCCACAAACUGUUCAACACACACAAAGUGGACAAAUGGCAUUCAGCAGCGGGUUUGGAACAUAGCGAAUCCGAAUGGAUCUGAUGAAACCUGUACCAGGUGCUUUUAUUUUCUUGCUUUUUUCCCAUCCAUAGAGCAUGACAGCAUCGAUUCUCAUUGAGGAGAAACCUUGGGCAGCUCUGGCCAGGCCUCGUAGGAAAAGGCCCCGCCCGAGGUUCCAGCGUCAACGGCCACUGUGUGUGGCUGCUCUGAGUGAGGAAAAAAUUAAAAAGAAAAACUGGUUCCAUGUACUGUGAACUUGAAAACAUGCAGACUCAGGGGGGUCCCUGAUGCAGUGCUUCAGAUGAAGAAUGUGGACUUGAAAAUACAGACUGGGCUAGUCCAGUGUCUAUAUUUAAACUUGUUCUUUUCUUUUAAUAAAGUUUAGGUAACAUCUCCUGAAAAGCUUGUAGCACAAAGGCUCAGCUGGGGAUGGUGUUUGACUUCGGAGGAAAACAGUUGCUAUUGCCCGUUAAAGGCACUAGAGUUAGUGUUUUAUCCCUAAAUAAUUUCAAUUUUUAAAAACAUGCAGCUUCCCUCUCCCCUUUUUUAUUUUUGAAAGAAUACAUUUGGUCAUAAAGUGAAACCUGUAUUAGCAAGUACGUGGCAAUGUUCAUUCCAGUCAGAUGCAGCUUUCUCCUCCAUCUGGUCUCCUGUUUGCAAUUGCUUCCCUCAUCUCAGUAGGGAAAAAAUUGAGUGGGAGUACUGAGAUGUGUGGGUUUUUGCCAUUGGACAAAGAAUGAGGUUAGAAGACUGCAGCUUGGAGCCUCUCUAGGUUUUCAACUAUUUCUUCACAAUUUGAACACUUGACGGUUGUCCCUUUUAAUUUAUUUGAAGUGCUAUUUUUUUAAAUAAAGGUUCAUCUGUCCAUGCAGUCCUCUUGGAUUCUCUGAAUGUAGUAACUAUGAAGCUAUGCCAAAGGUAGGCAGAAAAUGGGCUUGGGAGCCAGACACUCCAGGGAUCAGUAGUUCCUACCCAUAGUCUUUGUGUGCUUGCUAAAUGGUGUACAUUUCUUGUUAACCACGUUAUUAAAACUUGAUUAGCACAUAA